AUGGCCAACUCUUCAAGGGAAAAUUCUCCAAACAAAUCAAACAGCCCUAGUGAUGAGGCUUUACCAGUCCCCACUCCUGCUCCACUUCCUAUCCGUGCGAUUCAUUUUGGUGAAGGCUCCUCUUCAGUUCCGGUUGUCGGUCAGGGAUUAAUUGAAGGGUUUUCUUCUUCGUCAUCAUCCUCGCCGUCACCGUCACCUCCGCAGCGUAGGGUUGUUCAGAUUGCUCUUGGAGGAAUGGGUGCGGGUCGAGGGUCUGGCGAUCCUCAAAUGAACAGAGCAUUAGCAAAAAACGAUGAUGAUAAUGUUGCUGAAAAUAAACGAAAAAAAGGCGAAAUGGAUGCGCCAAAAUCAGAACCAAUUUGUUCAAUAUGUGGGAAAAGAUUUGGUUCUUGGAAAGGAGUGUUUGGUCAUCUCCGUGCUCACCCGGAACGUGAAUGGCGUGGUGCUUUUCCACCACCUAAAAGAGUUACAGGUUCGUGGUCACCAAUCAAAAUGUCCGGCGCUGAUGAUCAUCAGGCUCGGCAAGUGCAGUUGCUUGCUCCAACUAUGUUGGAUUUGGCCCGUGAAACCUUGGCUAAAAUGCGUGAGGAUUCAGUUGCUCCGGCUGCUGGUGAUGGUGGUGGUGUUGCAAGUUCCCGAAGGGUUACAAAUAUCGAUUUGAACAUAGAACCAGGGUCUUCUUCCUCUCCUUCUCCUCCACGAGGUGGCCCUACGCUGGAUUUGAACAAGUCUCCACCAGAGAGUGAUGAUGGUAAUAAUGGUAAGGAGUAA